ACGUUCGGAAGCCGUGGGGCCGGUGCGGCGGUGUCAAGAUGGCGGCGGCGGUGGCAGCCGCUGCGGCCGCUGCAGCCGCGGCGGCAUCUCUUCAGGUGUUGGAGAUGGAGGGCAUGGAGACUGCCGCCGCGGGUUCGGCGGGCCUGGCCGCGGAGGUCCGAGGCAGUGGCACGGUAGACUUCGGAGCAGGGCCCGGGAUGUCUGUCAUGGAGGCGAGCGGGGGCGACCCGGGCCCAGAGGCCGAGGACUUCGAGUGCAGCACUCACUGCUCCGAGCUGUCCUGGAGGCAGAACGAACAGCGGCGUCAGGGCCUGUUCUGCGACAUCACCCUGUGCUUCGGCGGGGCCGGAGGUCGCGAGUUUCAUGCCCACCGCUCGGUGCUGGCCGCCGCUACCGAGUACUUCACGCCCUUGCUCUCGGGCCAGUUUUCGGAGUCGCGCUCUGGCCGGGUGGAGAUGCGCAAGUGGAGCUCGGAGCCGGGACCCGAACCUGACACGGUGGAAGCCGUUAUCGAGUAUAUGUACACCGGGCGCAUCCGAGUGAGCACCGGCAGCGUACACGAGGUACUAGAGCUGGCUGACAGAUUCUUAUUAAUUCGUUUAAAAGAAUUUUGUGGAGAAUUUCUCAAGAAAAAACUUCAUCUCUCAAAUUGUGUGGCCAUUCAUAGCUUAGCCCACAUGUAUACCCUGAGCCAGCUAGCUCUGAAAGCUGCAGAUAUGAUACGGAGAAAUUUCUAUAAAGUCAUUCAGGAUGAAGAAUUUUAUACUUUACCUUUCCAUCUCAUUCGAGACUGGCUUUCGGACUUGGAAAUUACUGUGGAUUCUGAAGAGGUUCUUUUUGAAACAGUUUUGAAGUGGGUUCAGAGAAAUGCUGAAGAGAGAGAGAGAUACUUUGAAGAACUUUUUAAAUUGCUCAGGUUGUCCCAGAUGAAACCCACCUACCUUACACGGCAUGUCAAACCAGAGCGGCUAGUGGCCAAUAAUGAAGUUUGUGUCAAGCUGGUGGCUGAUGCAGUGGAGAGGCACGCGCUCAGAGCAGAGAACAUACAGUCUGGCACACUCCAGCCUCCCACUUCACAUGUCUCGCUGUUACCGCGCUAUGGACAAAACAUGGACGUAAUCAUGGUUAUUGGAGGUGUGUCAGAAGGAGGAGACUAUCUAAGUGAGUGUGUGGGAUAUUUUGUUGAUGAGGAUAGAUGGGUAAAUCUGCCCCACAUUCAUAAUCACCUUGAUGGCCAUGCUGUUGCAGUAACAGAAUCUUACGUGUAUGUUGCUGGCUCGAUGGAACCUGGGUUUGCUAAGACUGUGGAGAGGUACAACCCAAACUUGAAUACAUGGGAACACGUUUGUAGUCUGAUGACAAGAAAGCAUUCUUUUGGGCUAACAGAAGUCAAAGGGAAGCUGUAUAGCAUUGGCGGACAUGGCAAUUUUAGCCCUGGCUUUAAAGAUGUGACUGUUUACAAUCCUGAGCUUGAUAAAUGGCACAACUUAGAAUCAGCACCAAAGAUUCUUCGAGAUGUCAAAGCACUGGCCAUUGAAGACCGCUUUGUCUAUAUUGCUGCCCGCACUCCUGUGGACCGGGACACUGAGGAUGGAUUGAAGGCUGUAAUUACUUGCUAUGACACAGAGACUCGGCAGUGGCAAGAUGUGGAAUCUUUACCACUUAUUGACACCUACUGUUUUUUCCAGAUGUCUGUGGCCAAUUCAAACUUUUAUCAGACAGCAUCAUGCUGUCCCAAGAGUUAUUCUUUAGAAAACGAAGAGGCAGUAAGAAAAAUUGCCAGUCAGGUGUCUGACGAGAUUCUUGAAAGCUUGCCCCCAGAAGUUCUAAGCAUUGAGGGAGCAGCCAUUUGCUAUUACAGAGAUGAUGUCUUCAUUAUUGGAGGCUGGAAAAACAGUGAUGAUAUUGACAAACAAUACCGGAAGGAGGCCUACCGAUACUGCGCUGAAAGGAAGAGGUGGAUGCUCCUUCCUCCCAUGCCUCAGCCCCGUUGCAGGGCCACUGCUUGCCAUGUCAGGAUCCCCUACCGGUACUUGCAUGGCACACAGAGAUACCCCAUGCCUCAAAACUUAAUGUGGCAGAAGGACCGCAUCAGACAGAUGCAAGAGAUACAUCGGCACGCCCUGAACAUGCGCAGAGUGCCAAGUUCCCAGAUUGAAUGCUGAACUUGCCAACCCGUGCAGCUGAAAACUCUUCUCCUUGUUCAGUGAGAUUGGAGGUACCUGGACUGUUACUUGGAAAAGUAUGUCAGCUUAUUUUCUACUUGGACUUAUUAUUACCCUAUAUAAAAGAAGUGUGGUUAAAAAACAAAUAGGACACUCAGUUCAAUGAGGUAAUUUUUGGUUAGAUUGCAGUCCUGUCUUUGGUUUGUGUUUGUCCUAACAAAUUAAGAUCUUAUUAAAGAGAACUGGGGAAAAGCAGGUCUAGUUACUUGGCCUUUUUUCUGCCAACAACUGUAACGUCUAUGUCUUGGGGACUCACAUUUGGGGCUUUAAGCACCAGUGUUAUUUGCACAUUUACUUUGAUGUUCCUUUAAGUUUUUUUUUGGAUUGUUUUCAACAAUCUCGUUUUAUGCAUUAAGCUCUCAUCUGCAAGAGGCAUGUGCAAUAGCUAGACUGGAUCUGAAGGUAAAAGCACAUUGUUUCAGCGAGAUUGAUCUCAGAAUAUUAGCGCUGAUGGUUUACUGUAUGUUUAUCUACAAAUGCUGUUUUUGUUCAUUGGAAAGGGUGACCAGUGAGAAGUCUGGUUUGUUGUGUUUCUUCCACAGCUGUUUAUAGACUUGAAGCCAUCAUUCUGAGAUGAUAGUUGGGAGGUAUUGAUGUUUAGCUGGUUGACUAGAGAGGAAGUUACACAGGUGAAGUUUGUUUCUUGAAGAGGAAAAGUGCUCAGUGUAGCUGAGAAGGCAAAUGAACAAACAUUUGAAACACUUUGAAGAGUUGUCACUGUGUUGAUGAGGGUGCUGUGUGCCAUGACCAUCAACACAUGGUGCCUUUGGCUCAUUUUUUGCU